AUGUAUAUAUCUGCCCAGGUGUUUCCCAAGCCUCCAGUUAUUGGUGUUUUGUGUAUAUUGUUCUGUUAUGUUGCACUUAUAGAACACUGGUCUAACCUGGCUGCUGAAGCUGCACAAUUUCAACAGGUAUGGAUAGCUGAACAAAAGGCAGAUGCAGAACGAAAAAAGCAAGAGGAGUUACGUUUGCAGUAUGAAAAGGAGCAAGAGUUGUACAACAAUAAGGCUUUGUUGGCAAAGGGGGAGAAUAAGGAGAAACUGUCACUAAAUUUUAUGUAUGAAGCACCUGCUGGUGUGAAGAAAGAAAGAGAGAAAGAAGAUGGUGAACCAGAGUACAAAUUUGAAUGGCAGCGUAAAUUUAAUGCUCCUAGGGAAAGCUAUUGUAAAGAUGAUGAUACUAUUAGAGAUCAGCCUUUUGGCAUAGCAGUUCGAAAUGUAAGGUGCAUCAAAUGUAAGGCCUGGGGUCACAUCAACACAGAUAAGGAAUGUCCAUUGUAUGGUCGUGUUUUGGAAAAUGCAGAUGCCAAUCAAAACUUAGAUCAUAAUGAAUUAAUUGUUGGCAUGAGGGAUGAUGGCCUACAGCUCAAGACUUUAGGAUCCUUAGCAACAGGGAUUUAUGGAAGAGGUCAAAACCCUUUUGCCCAGAAUCAGCGACUUUUAUCGAGUGAUGAAGAAAUUGUAGAUGAGUAUAAACUUCUUAAAUCCUUGAGCACCAAAGAAAAAAGGAGACUUAUGAAGAAACUUGAGAAAUUGGAUAAAAAGAAAAAAUCUAAAAAAUCCAAGCGGGGUAGGAGUUCCAGCAAUGACUCUUCAUCUAGUUCAGAAGAUGAAAAAAGAAAGAAAAGAAAAAAGAAGAAGAAGAAAGAGAGCAAGAAGAAAUCACGCCGUAGAAGUGAAUCUAGUUCGUCAGAAACAGAAUCAGACUAUCAAAGAGAAAAGAAGAGAAAGAGACAGAAGGAAGGACAAAAGAAACCUGAUCCUCAGGCAUUACUGAAAGAAAUUACCAAAGGGCUGAAAGUUGACUUUGUAGGUGCUGAUGACCCAUUUGGUAGAUUUGAUAAACCCAAGGUUAAGCAGGAGAAGCAGUCUUGGGAUGAAAGUACUAGAGUUAAAGUCAAGCAAGAAAAGCAAGCACGGGAGGAAGAUAAACCGGCUUCUUCCAAAGGACAUGCCUCAAACUAUGAUAAAAGACCAGAUUGGCAAAAUGGUACAAGGAGGGAAAGAUUUUCAGGAGAGGAAAGCCAAAGAGGACACAAAAGAAAGGAUGAGGAAGAUGAUGCCGAUAAUAACAUGAAGUUUAAAAGUAGAAGGCAUGAGAAUGAAGACAAUGCCAAGUUUAAGCAACAUGAAAAUAGUUUUCCAAGAAGAGACAGAGCCUCGGAUUUCUGGGAUACUACAGAAAAAAGAGAUAAGAGCCAUGAAAGGGAGAUUAAUGGGAAGAAGAGAAAUGGGGAUGGUGGAGGGAAGGACCAGGAAUUUAAUAAUGUUGAUAGACAAAAAGAAAAGAGGGAAAGGAACAGGGACAGGAGCAGGGAGAGACAAAGGAGUCGGGAAAGAGAUGGGAGUAGGGGUAGAGGCAGAGAGAGAAGCAGGUGAAAGUCUAUGCUG